GCAACACCGUCACCAUCUAGAACAGAGGGGAGGGAAGACUGCGGCCUAGUCGGCCUCGGGCCAUCCCGAGUUUUCCUAGCGGACCCGCCGCGCCCGGAGCGCCUCCCCCGGCAGGAGUCGGGAUCGAAUAACGGCAGACAGAGCCGGCCAUGAAGCCGGUCCUCAUCUCACUGUUCGUCUUCCUCCUUCUGGAUGCGGCGUUGGCUGUCAAGCUCCAGCUCACUCUCCCGAAGAGUCUGUCUGUGAGGGAGGGAGAGAACGUCACUCUCCCCUGCUCCUUCUCCCCACUGGCCACACACCUGGACCACGUCGUCGUCCAGUGGUUCACGAUGCCCAGACGCUACGCAGAGAACGUCACCAGUGGAGACAUGACCUUGAUCUACUUCUCGGGCGACGAGACGGCGGACGACUCGAGCGUCGCCAAGUCCGCGGGAGACGUGCUCGCGGGAGACUGCUCCGUCGGCAUCCCCAACUUCCCCGGGAGCCUCGGCCCCGUCGCCCUGUGCCGCGUCGACUGCCGCCGCUGUGACGCCGCGGGGAACGCCGCCGUGCAAGCGGAGCUGCUGCUGCAGCUGCAGGACGUGACGGCUGCGGCCCCACGGCGGCCACACGGCGGGGCUCUGAGCGAGGCCACCGCCGCCCCUCCAGGGGAGACGCCGCCGCACAGGGCAGGGCUGCUGGUGGCCGGGGUGCUGGCGCCUGUGGCUGUCGUGGUCUACGUCGUCUCCGUCUGCAAGGGGAACAACACGAGGAGGAGGAGGAGGAGGAGACGCCGUCGGCCUUCAGGGCCCGGGCAGCCGGAUCGCCCGGCCCCCCCUGUGGCGCUGGGAAUGCAGAACGUGCGUAGGGACAGGGACGUGGACGCGCAGCCGCCGAUGAACAGACGCGAAGAGAGAACAGGACGAGUGUCGGAGACCUUCGCCGUGUGACGAUGUUCAGGCAGCCAGAUGCUCCAUCCGAUUGGUCGGCACGGGGAGUGGGUCGCACACACACACACACAUGCACACAUACACUCACCCCCACACACUCACACACUCACACCCCCACACAAAGAACUAAGAACCCCCGUAUAGCCUUUAACAGACUGUAGGGGCAAGUGCUGUUAGCGAGCACCUAUGAAGGCCAGAACGGCACACGAGGGGGUGGGUGGCCAGCACCACGCCCUACCGCCUUUGUCUCCCCAGUGGCGAUGUUUACACACCGCACCAGGUACUCAUUUGAGGCUGAGGCCCGGGAACCGGUUCAGAUAAUCGUCACUGGUGUUAGCCGUGAAUGGGAAUCGAACUCGUGCCGCCGGGUUCAUAGCGCAGCGCGCUAACCACUACACUACCGCUCCCCACCCACACACUCGCACACACCCACACACUCACUCUCACACCCAUACAGUUACACAGUCACACACCCCCACACACACUCACACACUCCCACACACACUCCCACACUCACACACUCCCACACACCCCCCCACACUCACACACACCCCCCCAC